GGCCCCCGGGGUGCUUCCCCUCCCAGUUCCUCCGGGCCGUGGGUCCUCGGCCUCUCCCCAAGGCGCGGACUCUGGUGGUCGCGGUGGGGGAGGACUCCUGCAUCGCUCCCCCGCGGGCUGCUGCUGGGGUACCCUGGCCGGGGACGGGGGGAGGGGGGGGACCGCCGCCUCCCGGAGCGCGUGGGGCCGGCAUGGAGCUCUUCCAAGCCAAGGACCACUACAUCCUGCAGCAGGGCGAGCGCGCACUGUGGUGCAGCCGGCGCGACGGCGGCCUGCAGCUCCGACCGGCCACAGAUCUGCUUCUUGCCUGGAACCCCAUUUGUUUGGGCUUGGUAGAAGGAGUUAUUGGGAAAAUUCAACUUCAUUCAGAUCUCCCAUGGUGGCUUAUUUUAAUUCGGCAGAAAGCAUUGGUGGGCAAACUCCCAGGAGACCAUGAAGUCUGUAAAGUUACCAAAAUUGCUGUCUUGUCUCUUUCUGAAAUGGAACCUCAGGAGCUUGAGCUGGAGCUCUGUAAGAAGCAUCAUUUUGGAAUUAACAAGCCAGAGAAGAUUAUACCAUCUCCUGAUGACUCCAAGUUUCUACUGAAGACGUUUACAAAUAUCAAAUCCAACGUGUCUGCUCCCAACAAAAAAAAAGUUAAGGAAAGUAAAGAGAAGGAGAAGUUGGAGAGGCGAUUACUUGAGGAGUUGCUGAAGAUGUUCAUGGACUCAGAGUCCUUCUAUUAUAGCUUGACCUAUGACCUGACCAACUCCGUGCAGAGACAGAGCACUGGGGAGAGGGAUGGCCGACCCCUCUGGCAGAAGGUUGACGACCGGUUUUUUUGGAAUAAGUACAUGAUCCAAGAUCUCACUGAGAUUGGUACUCCGGAUGUGGACUUUUGGAUCAUCCCCAUUAUCCAGGGCUUUGUGCAGAUUGAAGAACUUGUGGUUAAUUACAACGAGUCAUCUGAUGAGGAGAAGAGCAGCCCCGAGACCCCCCUUCAGGAGUCCACCUGUGUAGAUGACAUUCACCCGCGCUUUCUAGUGGCUCUCAUAUCUCGCAGAAGUAGGCAUAGAGCUGGAAUGCGUUAUAAACGAAGAGGAGUGGAUAAAAACGGAAAUGUGGCGAAUUAUGUGGAGACUGAGCAGUUAAUUCACGUUCAUAAUCACACCCUGUCAUUUAUUCAAACUCGAGGCUCUGUGCCUGUCUUUUGGAGCCAGGUUGGGUAUCGCUAUAAUCCAAGACCUCGGCUAGACAAAAGUGAGAAGGAGACGGUUGACUAUUUCUGUGCCCAUUUUGAAGAACAACUGAAAAUUUACAAAAAACAGGUUAUUAUUAACUUGGUAGACCAGGCUGGACGGGAGAAGAUUAUUGGCGAUGCCUACCUGAGGCAGGUGCUGCUUUUCAACAACUCACAGCUCACCUACGUCUCCUUCGACUUCCACGAACACUGCCGAGGAAUGAAGUUUGAGAAUGUUCAAACCCUAACGGAUGCCAUUUACGACAUUAUUCUUGACAUGAAGUGGUGUUGGGUUGAUCAAGCUGGGGUAAUCUGUAAACAAGAAGGAAUUUUCCGAGUUAAUUGUAUGGACUGCCUGGAUCGCACCAACGUGGUCCAAGCUGCCGUCGCCCGAGUGGUCAUGGAGCAUCAGCUUAAAAAACUAGGUGUGAUGCCCCCAGAGCAGCCACUGCCUGUGAAAUGUCAUCGGAUCUACCAGAUAAUGUGGGCUAACAAUGGUGACUCCAUCAGCAGACAGUAUGCUGGGACAGCUGCUCUGAAGGGUGACUUUACCAGGACGGGAGAAAGGAAGUUGGCAGGAGUUAUGAAAGAUGGAGUUAACUCGGCAAAUAGGUACUACCUCAGUCGCUUCAAGGAUGCCUAUAGGCAAGCUGUGAUAGAUUUGAUGCAAGGCAUUCCAGUGACAGAAGAUCUUUAUUCCAUAUUUACCAAGGAGAAAGAGCAUGAAGCUUUGCACAAGGAAAACCAGAGAAGCCACCAAGAACUCAUCAGCCAGCUCUUACAGAGUUACAUGAAGUUGCUGCUGCCGGGUGAUGAGAAGUUCCAUGGGGGCUGGGCCCUGAUUGACUGUGACCCCAGCCUCAUUGAUGCUGCUCACAGAGAUGUGGACGUGCUACUACUGCUUUCUAACUCUGCCUACUACGUGGCCUAUUAUGAUGAUGAAGUUGAUAAAGUAAACCAGUAUCAACGGCUGAGCCUAGAAGAUCUGGAGAAGAUAGAAAUAGGUCCUGAACCUACUCUCUUUGGCAAACCGAAGUUCUCAUGCAUGAGACUGCACUACAGGCGUAAAGAGUCGAGUGGUUACUUCCACACACUGAGAGCUGUGAUACGCAGUCCAGAAGAAGACGGCAAAGAUACUCUCCAGUGCAUUGCAGAGAUGCUGCAGAUCACCAAGCAAGCGUUGGGGCUGGAUGUUCCCAUAGUUGAGAAGAAGCUUGAGAGGAAAAGCAGUAAGCCUCACGAAGACAUCAUUGGUAUCAGAUCUCAAAACCAAGGAUCUCUGGCCCAGGGGAAAAGUUUUUUAAUGAGCAAAUUUUCAUCUCUAAAUCAAAAAGUAAAACAGACCAAAUCCAAUGUGAACAUUGGCAACCUACGCAAAUUAGGAAACUUUACCAAGCCUGAAAUGAAAGUUAACUUUCUAAAACCAAACUUAAAAGUCAAUCUUUGGAAAUCAGACAGUAGUCUUGAGACCAUGGAAAACUCGGGAGUGAUGGAUAAUAAGGUCCAAGGGGAAUCUGACGGGGCCGUGUCUUCAGAUAAUGAUUCGUACCACUCUGAUGAAUUCCUUACAAACUCCAAGUCUGAGGAAGGCAGGCAGCGAGCCAAUUCUUUAGAGAGUGUAGGGCCAACAGAUUAUAUUCUCCCAAGCUGUGGUAUUAUUGCUUCAGCACCUCGAUUAGGCAGUCGAUCCCAGUCUGCCAGCAGCACUGAUAUUAGCAUUCAUGCUCCCUCAGAGGCUGCUGCUGGUCACGGAAGUGGGCUUGGAAAAGGCCAGGAGUCUCCCUUGAAGAAAAGUCCUUCUACUGACAGCAUACGCAUACCGCCUGGCUUUGCCAGGCCAGUGGAUGUUUACUGCCACAGAUUUGUAAAGGACGCACAGAACAAAACCACUGAGCUCUCAGAAACCAGGUCUGCGUCUCAGAAUAGUGAGGAAGGAAACCAAAAGACUAACAAUGUUUCUAAUGAAGAAAAUCAGUCAGAAUCAAUGGGACAGAUGCCUUCUCGACCAUCCCAGUUAAAUGUCUGUUCUUUGACAGGCCCACAGUUUUUAUCAGUUGAACCAGUCCAUUCAGUGGCAUCUCAGAAGAGCCCCAGCUCUGGGUCCAGCCUGCUGGAACUGGAGGCAGGGCUUGGUGUGACUCCUUCUUCAGAGAGCAGCGGCAGAGCGGUCUCUCCCUUUGCAAAGAUCCGUAGCUCCAUGGUCCAAGUUGCUAGCAUUACCCAAGCUGGGCUAACUCAUGGGAUAAACUUGGCAGUGGCCAAAGUUCAAAAGAGUCCAGCAGAACCUGAAGUGGUUAAUGAAAUUCAGCAAAAUGAACUUAAAAAUAUGUUUACACAAUGCCAGACACGAAUAAUUCAGAUUUAGAUUUUAGUCACAAUCUUAGUCUUUAUUUAAAAAUUCAAAAUGAAGUUUUCACCUGUGAGGCUUUUUUUUUUUUUUU